UCUAUUGUGAUGGUGCACGAGAUCCAAAGAUCCCCUACUUUGCCCGCCGACGAAGCCGAGUUUGGCAGGCUAGUAGGGGACCUUGAUAUCUUCCAGACUCUGGUGACUGUGUUGCGGGAUUUAGGGGCAUCCGAUCCAUCGAUGUCAAUGGACAAUGAAGUGCAAAGGCUCAUUGGGGUCAUCCCUGAUCGCAUUCACGCAUUUCUGGAUUUGUCGCCACCAGGCAGCACAGGGGCGGGACACCGUUAAGCCAUAUGCAGCUCCCUGUAUAGUGUACCCUUAGAUCGAUAGGAUUCUAGCCUCUAGAAAUAGUAUACCCUAUAGCCUCAAUUGAG